AGGGAAAACUUGGAAGGAUUGCUGACUUUUCCAGAGGGAAAAAAAUCGCCAAACGAUAAUUGGAGAAGUGCACACCUGUUGCUAGGAUACUACGACCGCUUCAUUCAUUCAUUCAUAGUGUGUCCCUCUCCACCUUCUCCCCUGAGACCUCGGGCGGAGUUGUUGUGUCAAGCCCUUACAUGUCGACGAUGAUCAGCUGAAAGUCGUUUGCCGUGUUGGAACAGUCAGCUUUACGUGUUGUUUGUGUAGUGGUGGAUUCUUAAUUUUUAGAAGAAAAGAAUCCGUUUCGGAUUGCGUUUUCUUUUCAUUAUGAUAAGCUGUUUUUACGGCGAGACUAAACGGCGUUCGAAAAAAAGUUCGAUCUCAUCAAGUGAAGGGGUGUUCACCUGUCCAGAGGACAACUUACCUCUAGACUACGCAAAGAUCUACCCGGAUCCAGAUGCAGAAGUGGCCAUCAUGGGUUCCGUGGUGUAUUGCAUCCAUUACAAAGAGGGUUGCAAAUGGUCCGACGAACUUCGAAAACUUCAGGGUCAUCUGAACAUGUGCAAGUUCGAUGCUAUUCCAUGCACCAAUCACUGCGGUGCCAUGAUCCCGAGACUGGUCAUGGAAGAUCACCUCCUAUACACAUGCCCCAAGAGGAGAACUAGAUGCGAAUACUGCUCUAGGGACUUCACUGGCGAAACUCUUGAGAACCAUGUGGGCAGCUGCCAGCUGGAGCCGAUCUACUGCGAGAACAAAUGCGGCUCCAAAAUCCAGCGGCGCCACCAGGCCAACCACAGGCAACACGAAUGCACCAAGAGGCUGGUGCCCUGCCGAUACUGCCAGAAAGAAUUCGUCUACGACACUUUGCAGAUCCACACGGCCAAAUGCCCCCGCCUUCCCGUGUCUUGUCCUAACCGAUGUGAUGUACUGAAAAUCGCCAAGGAAGACCUGGAGGUCCACCUGAGUGACCACUGCACGGCGCUCACACUCCCCUGCACCUUCAAGGAGAUGGGGUGCAAAUUUAAGGGCACCCGUUCAGCUUUAGAUCAACAUCUUGAAGAUGCGACCAAACCUCACCUCCUCCUGGUCUGCGGCGUCGUUUCACGUCAGCAGCACCACAUCAACGCUCUUCGAACUACCCUGCAGGGGCUGACCCUCAAUACCUCCGGCACUCUUCUCUGGAAGAUCUCUGACUACAGCCGCCGACUGGCCGAAGCCAGAGAAGGCUACGAACUGUGCAGCACUCCUUUUUACACCAGCCAGUACGGCUAUAAGUUGAUGGCCACAUUGUUCCUGAAUGGCAACGGUGCUGGCGAGGGCACACAUCUGUCCAUCUACAUCAAGAUCCUGCCUGGAGAGUACGACGCCCUUCUCCAGUGGCCUUUUAGUCACACAGUGACCUUUAUCCUCUAUGACCAGACCUCGACAGUGGAUCAGGCUUGCAAUAUUGUUGAGAGCUUUGUGCCAGAUCCAACCUGGAAGAACUUUCAAAGGCCUAGCAAAGAACCAGAUGCCUUAGGGUUUGGAUUUCCAAGGUUUGUGUCACACGAUAUCCUCAAGAAGAGGCAUUACGUGAAAGAUGACGUUAUGUAUAUCAAAGUGAAAGUCGACGGUAAUAAAACGAUUGCCGUCUGAUAGCGCAUCUUACGGAUUUGGAUAAUCAUUUGUUGAUGUGGCGAUUAAUUUUAAUAACGAUAAACUAUCACCAUUUAACGUUUUAAGACAUUGCUGUUGUGUAGACUUAUGUGAAAAAAAAUUAUGGAGUUUAAUUGUGAAUAUUGAUUUUAUUUCACUCACUUUGGACAUGGAUGGAUAAUUUACCAUUAAUCAACCGAAAUAAUUUUGUGCAUGCUAUAUGAUAUGAUCAGAACAUAUUUCACAUCUGAUCGCAUAAAAUUAUUAGUUUAUCAAAUAAUAAAUUUAUGGCCAAUUGAUGAAAAAUAUCAAAAUUAGUUGGAUUAAAUUUUAACAAACCGAUUUUAGAAAUACAGAUAUAAAUCACCAUCUAAAAUAAAUGAAUAGCAAUACAUUUUAUUUGUUUGAUUCCUCUCGGCAUGAUUUGUCUUCUGAAAAUAUAUCUAAAGCUAAAAUUGUAGUUUUUUGAUUACUAAAAUAUUUUUAAAGAUUGGAUUUCUAACUGGAUACACAGUGGUGAAAUGCAAAUCUAUUCUUUAUCGGAGUAAUUUUUUUUUUUCUGGAACACGAUUAACUCGAUUUUGGAAUCAUGAAAAAUUUUUCUUUUUGGAAAAGAAUUUAUUCUUCUAUCUCCUUUGUGUUUCAUCAAUUUUCGUGUCAUCUCAGCUUUUCAUUAUUAAAGUUUUUUUUUUUUUCUUUUUGAAUCUGUUGAGAUGAACAGAGAACUAUAAGUUCCAAAAAAUGUGUGUAUUAAAUCUGAAAGAUAUGAACUGCUUGAUACAGCAAAUUGUAUAUAGAUGUCGAGUGUUCGAAUAAAUCAAAACUUUGUUAUUGUGUUAAAAAAUCUGUAUUCUGUAUGUGUCUUUAUGGAAUUUUCGUCCUUAUUGUAUAACAGGAUAGCAAUAUAUUGAGUAUAAGAAUUAUUGAUUAAUUACUAAUACAAUUAGAAAAGGCGUCAUUUUCCUUUUUGUAAUCAAUAUUGCGCUUCUCUAUUAUUCCAAAAUGCUCAAAAUAUGUAGUACUGAAAUGAAAAGACGAAAAAUAAUGGUCUUAUGUUCUAAUAUUUAUUCACGUUUAAGUCGAAUUCGAUAUUAAAGCUGGCUACGUUUCACGAAGAUAACCAUUUAUUUUUACAUUGAGUCAAGAAAUAAACAUGGACAUUAAAACGCAUUACGAACAAAAAUACAGACAAAGACAAGUAUUCCGAACGAACAUAUAAAGUUGUAAUUGAAAAUCACAUAUGUGGCAGACGAUUCUUUUUAACGCUCCUUCUAGAACAUCUGCCAUCUGUUAUUUUAUUUUAUUCUGAAAGAUGCUAAUGCAUGCAUUAUUUGCAAAUAGAUUUACUGUAAUAUGCAUUGCGUAAAUGCUAUUUGGAAAGUAUAACUUUUACGAUGUCGAGGGGUUUAUAAAAAAAGUAUAUUUCGAAUACUUACAGCUGGAGUUACGCCCCACCCACAAAACAUUUGUGUGAUAGAAAAUAUUCAGUACUAUAUAUUUUGUACAUUAAGUAUAUAUAUUUUUUUGUAUAUUUUGAAGCAAAUUCUUUUUUUAAUUGUGUGAAUUUUAAAAGCGUGAUAGUUUAAAAAAUCCUUUGCGAACUUCAAAUUUUAAUAUGAAGAACAAUUUUAACUGUUAAUAAUGAUGUUUGUAAUUAUUAUCUGAGAGAAUAAUUUAAUGGUUAUGUAAUUUAUUAUGAAUGAAUGUUGGAUACUUUUUACCUCAUAUAAUGAUAAAUUUAAGUUAAAAAAUAAAUGAUUUUUAAUUAUUUGAAAAAAAAAAAUACAGUAUAUUUAUAUUUCUUUUGCCUAACUUUUUACUAGUCAAACAGCUGGAUAGUGCUCAUUAGGGAAUAAAAAGAAAUACUUUUUAAUUUUAUGAAUUAUUAUGUAUCAAAAUGGCUACUUAAAUAAGUCCAAGUUAUACGAAUUUCCUGAAAAUCAAAACAAAAUAAGACUACUUAGUUGUGAAUAUAUCACGUUGUAUUGUAUACCGACUAUCGUUUUAAAAAGUUUUAUAAUUUUCAGUAAUUUUAAUAUUUUUUGCUUACAUAUUUUUACGAUCAAUUAUCAUUAAUUCAUUUUGUUUAUUAACUCUGUGAAUACGAUAUAUCUUGACAAUUUUAUGUUUCUAACAGUCCCAAUUAUAUUCGCAUACUGUUAGUAUUUAUAUUUUAUUUUAUAAAUAUAUGAUCAAAAUAUUUUUGAAUAAUCAUUAAAUAAUCGCACCGAUUAACCAUUCACAACUUUUUUUUAAAUAAUUGUACUCUUUGUUUUUGUACCUUUUCAUGUUGAUAUCACUGUACAUUUUAACACUGACUUCAAAUAUGAUUUCCCUCUUCAACCUUUGUACAUUUCUGUGUUAACGAUAUUUUAGUCAUUUUUUUUUUCUCUCCGAUGUUACAUUCGCACUGAUGUACAAAAGAUGUUGCUUUUAUCAAGAAGACCAGUGUACACUAGUCAUUGACUCAUCUGUAGUGAUUAGAAUUUGAAAAUAAAAUUAUGUAUAGAAAA